AUGUAUGCAGAAACAUUCGAAGGACCAUGGUUCACGACGCAGCUGCUACUUUCAACGUUCAUUGGCUUAUCGUCGUUCUUGAUAUUCUGCUACUGUCGGAGGCGGUGGCCGCUGCUUUUCGCACCAAGAACCAAGCUCAAAGGGUUCUCUCCGCAUGAAGCUCAUGCACCCCACGCGUUCUUCGGGUGGAUCUUACCUACACUGAGAAUUUCGGAGUUCACGGUAUUACAGAUUGUUGGGUUGGAUGCCGCAGUGUUACUCGCCUUUUUCAAGAUGUCGUUCUAUCUCUUUUCACUCUUCUCAGUCCUAGCCUGUAUCAUAUUGAUGCCAGUUAACUGGAACAAUAACAUUGGGAUUGGCGCUGGAGAUGACGAGGACAGCGAUUGGCCUUCACGCAACUUCACCCUUGGCAUAUUCAACGAGACAGAUACACAGCCCCCUUCCCAAGGCGUGCCAGGACGUGACUGGCUUGACCUCGUCAGCGAUGCCAACUCUUACUUGACCGUUCACUUCCUUUUCACUGUCUUGUUCACCAUCCUCGCUCUCGUGUUCCUCUACCGCAACUACCGCUCGUUCGUGCGCCAACGCCAGCUCUUUUCCCUUCCGCUCGUGCAUUCCAUACCCGCGCGCACCGUCAUGAUCACGAAUUUACCGGUGCAUCUCCGGUCCGAGCGCGCUCUCGCAGAGUACUUCGAGCACAUGAACCUCGGUGUGGAAAGUGUCACUGUUUGUCGCGAGGUCGGCUCGCUUAAGACGCUCAUCGACCGACGAACGCAGGCACUCUUGAAGCUGGAGGCAGUGUGGACGAGUUAUGUGGGUAAUCCAAGCGAGGUGGAGGAGUAUGAUCCAAGCGAGAAUGUUGUCCCGUCGAUGGCGAUGGAUGCGGGCCAGCUCGAGGGGCAAAAUGGGUCGGGAAGGCUGGUUGUACCACAUCGCCCAAGGCCGACGCUCAGACCUGGCUGGUUGUCGGGGAAGGUAGACGCUCUGGAGCACUUGGAGACGCGGUUCAAGGAGGCGGAUGAGAAGGUGAAGAAGUGGAGGCUGGGUGGAAGAUUCAGGGCGACGCAUGUUGCUUUUGUCACUUUUGAAAAGAUGUCCUCUGCACAAAUUGCGGUUCAGACAGCAUACGCACCAAGCCCAUGGGAGUGCAAGACCGUGCCAGCACCAGAGCCUCGCGAUAUUAUCUGGGCGAACAUCAGCAUCUUCCCCAAGUACCGCAUUGCACGAGAAGCGAUUGUUCUGGGCUGCGUAGCCCUUUUGUUCCUGACUUGGAUCUUUCCCAUCACCGCACUGGCGUCACUCCUCUCCUAUCAAGAAAUUAAGAAGGUUACGCCCUGGCUUGGACGGCUUAUCGACAGCAACUCGAAAAUCCAGGCGAUCAUACAGAAUUCACUCCCAUCGGUAGUGAUGAUUUCGGUCAACGCGCUGUUGCCAUUCUUGUUGGAAGGCCUUACAUAUGCCCAGGGUUACCGAGCAAGAAGCUGGAUCGAGUAUUCACUACUGAGGAAAUACUUCCUGUUCCUUUUGGUUAACGUCGUCUUCAUUUUCCUCCUGGCGAGUACCUACUGGCAACUCGUUCGAGACCUGGCAAACUCGCCCGCCAAGAUUCCUGAGAAGCUUGCUCAAUCGCUACAAAAGGGCCGCGCGAAGCACUUCUUCCUGUCCUACGUCAUUCUACAGGGCUUGGGCAUCAUGCCUUUGAAACUCUUGAAUCUGGGUAUAAUUGUGCCACGGAUAUUCCAGACAGUUUUUACGCGUACUCCUCGUGAUUAUGCUGAACUAAAUGCACCCCCCACAAUUAAUUACGGAGUUGUGUAUCCUCAAGCCAUACUCAUAUUCGUCAUCACGAUUCUAUACAGCGUCGUGCAGCCUCUCAUCGUCAUCUUUGGAGCUAUCUAUUUCGGAAUGGCCUAUCUUGUCUUCAAAUAUCAGCUGCUCUUUGUGUUCUACAAGCCUUAUGAAUCUCAGGGUCAAGCAUGGCCCAUCACGUUUGUUCGCCUCGUUUGGGGCAUUGUCAUCUUCCAGCUGUUCAUGAUCGGCAUCCUUACGCUAAACAAGUCAAUCAUUAUGCCGGCCAUGCUGGGUAUUCUUGUCGUUGUCACGGUGGUGUGGUCGUACCAAAUUGACAAGAGCUUCAAGCCUUUGAGUAAAGCCGUGUGCUUAAGCUCGGUCUUCGAGGUUGAGAGGGGAGAAGAGACUGAGGACGUUUUGCUUAUGAGAGAAGGGCAUCCGGUUUCACUGUCACAGAGUAAUUUGAGCCGUAGGCGGUAUGCCCAGAACGACGACACACUUUAUGUUGCGCCAGAAGACGAGCGUACUGACUAUUCGCAACCACCGAUGCGGAAUUGGUAUCACGGCAUACUGAAUACGGGUAAAAGGCGUUAUGGCCACCCUGCGAUAACUGGUAUAUUGCCAGAGCCUUGGUUGCCUCUGAAGAAGGAUCAAACACUCGUGAACGGCAUGCGUGCUGGAGGCUCCAGAGCACCGAAAGACCCUAAUGAGGGCAUCGUUCUGAACCUCAGGAAUCGCCACAGUCUGAGCCGGGGCAAGACCCGCCGCGCGAACCAAGCCCCCCAGAGAGCACCGCUUGUGGACGUUUCGGAGCCAAACGACUCGGCUGAGCAUCCUCAGGAUGGCGCCGUCACUGAUGCGUCCUCGUCAUCGAAUCCAUGGGCUAAUAUCCGCCCGCGACCCCGCACGUCACGGGCGCAAAGUGCCUUGAGCCACAGACUCAGCUUCGAUCCUGCGUCGGGCGUGAUCAUGUUGCCCGAGGACGGCGAGUGGCUAGAAGAAGAGGACGUGUCGUCGGAAGAGGAUUACGGUAGUAUUCAGUCACCAGCUGCGGAGGGUGAAUCGACGUCGCUGCACAACGGCGCGUCACCUUCAACACCAGAACAGUCCUCGUCUAGCCAACUGCUGACGGCCUCGCCGAGCAAGCGGCGGUAUGGCACGUACUUUCAUCACCCCGAGCGGAGGCGCGCGACGAUACCAGGCGCUUUCAACCCGCACCAUCAGGAUUAG